CGCACUUUGGAGGAGUGCGACCCUCUACGACCCAAUGGAGAUGAUCAACAUCAGAUAUGAUGGAACGAAGCUUUUCAACCAGACCUGUUGGGCCGUGGAAUUUGGAAGCAUCACCGUGGAGUGGAACGAUUCCACAGCACCUGACAUUUCUACUAGACAAUAUUGGACAUCGGUGCUACGACAACCAGAAAAGAUGACCGCUUUGCCAUUGGAACCAGGGGCCAUCCCGCUCCCAGGAGAUCAGGAGGAAAAACGGUAUAAGACGAAAAGGGAAAUAGUGAGUGAAGUAACUCACUUUCCCGACCAUUUAGGUCACGUAAAUUGGACGAGGCAAACAAAGAGCAACAUCAGUGCUUGUGAUAUUAGGAAUUUUAGGACGCCCGAAAAUUUUGCUAAUCUAACAAUAGGUUUGAUUUGCAAAAACAAACAAGAGGAAAAAAUUGUUAUAAGAAAUUGGAUUUUCAAGGAGGGUGAUGAGCACGCAGAAUGGUACAGUAAUGCUUCGUGUGUCCCAUUACCCGAAUCUAAAGGCGGUUAUUGGGAAAAGGGUAGUAAAAAGCCGGAGGAAUUUUCAUUCCCAGCUCCGAUGAAAAACUCCACAUGCCACUGUACUUAUCCCGGAUGGGAACCGUGUUGGAGUUGUUUGGAUUUGGUUUGUGAAACAACACAAAGUUAUUCAACAAGUAAGCGUCGCCUUAACCGGGUACCAAGAAACCUGCCCGACAACAAGAAGUCAGUAUUUUGGGAUUGCCAGAGGGUUUUUAGUAGGCUAAAUUCAUGUUACUUUAACGUGGAACAAUUUUGUGAAAAUAAUUACCAUGUUAUAAUGUGGGCAUAUAAAUACCAAAAGAUGAUGGCUCCUGUCACAGCUUCGACAAGGGCGGGGAGGAUAUUCAACCCGAAUAAAGAACCGGUGGAUUUUGAAUUUUGGUUGAAUGAUUCGUUGCUGUGGCAGGUUGAAAGAAGAAUUGCUGUGCCAAGCAGUUACCAGGGUGGACACCGGUUGUACCCAUCAGCAAGACACUUAUGGGUUCAACGGUUGCCCACUCCUGCAGAUUUAUUCACGGUAACACCGGGAGAAUUUGACAAAAUUGACCAAUGUGUAGUGGGAAAAAUUUAUACUGGGUUGCAUGGUAGGGACUGGACAGUUGGAAAGUCGCCAAGAUCCUUGUGUGAGACGCAAGAUCGCUGGCCUGGAUUAACUUGGAUUUACUCAAAAGAAUUGGACUGGACAACUUUGCGUGAGAAACUAGGUGAGGGGAGACUUCUUCUGUAUGUCCGCAAGCGGAGGAGACAGUCAUCGGUAAACGGUGACCGCUACCCCUUAGCACGUUACUUGGAGGAUGAGUAA